UGGUGGAAGGGGUGGCAGGGAGGUGCGGUAACAAUGGUUGCGGGGACGCGUGAUGCAUUCUGGAAGUGUCGCUUGAAGGCGCCCUGCCCAUUAGCGGCGGCGGCGAAAGGCGCGGUGCCAUAUCGGGAGGCGCCGUUCCCAUUGUCGGUGCCGGCGUGGUGCAUGCUGGGAGGUGUGGCUAAGAGCCGCUCUUGCUAUUAUGGAGCCGCCGUGCAUGCCGGGAAGUGUGGCGGGAAGGCGCGGGUCCUAUCAACAGUGUGGGCGCGGUGCAUGCGGGGGGGUUUGGCCGGGUGGCGCUGUUGCUAUUGCUGGGCCGCGGUGAACACCAGGAGGUAUAGCGGGGAGGCGCGCCUCCUAGUCGGAGCCGGCGCAGUGCAUGCUGGAAGGCGUGGCGGGGAGGUGCUCUUAUUAUUAGGGGGGGCCGUGGUUCAUGCCAGGAGUUGCGGCUUAAAGCGCGGUUCCCAUUGGUUGGAGGUGCGCGAUGCGUGCCGGGAGGAGAGACCAUGAGCCGCUAUUGCCAUUGGCGAGCGGAGCGCGGUGCAUACUGGGAGUUAUGCCGGGGGAGCGAAGGACCCAUUUCGCAGUGCAUGCUGGGAGGUGCUGCUGGGAGGCGCUGUUCCCAUUGGCUGCGGGCGCGGUGCAUGUCGGGAGGCGCCCAGGAACGAGUGGCAGUGGCGGUGGUUCCAUCGUUUGCCUCGUUUCGAUCGUUUCGCGAUGCUGCGGCGGAAACCGACGCGGCUGGAGCUGAAGUUGGAUGACAUCGAGGAGUUCGAAGGCGCACGGAAAGAGCUGGAGGCCCGGCGGAGGCCGCGCGAGGAGGCGGCGGGCGGCGAGGAGGCGGCGGGUCCGGAGCCCCGGAGUCGCGAGCAGGCGGUCAGCGAGCGCAUCGGCUACAAACCUCAGCCCAAGGCCGGCGGCCGCGCCGCGCACUUCGGCUCCUUCGAGUUCUGAGCGACGCGGGAGCGGCGGGCCCGACCCCGCCUGGAAUAAACGCUGCUUUUGGUCUGGAAUCCUCAACAAAAGAAGGAGAUGGAGCUGUUGGAACGGGUCCAGAGGAGGCUACAAGGAUGAUCCGAGGGCUGGAGAACCCCCAAUCCGAGGACAGGCUGAGAGAGUUGGGCUUGUUCAGCCUGGAGAAGAGAAGGGUCCCAGGAGACGUUAUAGCAACCUUCCAGUACCUGAAGGGGGUACAAGAAAGCUGGGGAGGGGCUGUUUCAAAAGGCUGGUGGUGAUAGAACAAGGGGCAAUGGGUAUAAACUGGAGAGGGGCAGUUUUAGACUAAACAGAAGGAGGAAUUUCUUCACUAUGAGGGUGGUGAGGCCCUGGCACAGGUUACCCAGGGAAGCUGUGGCUGCGCCAUCCCUGGAGGUGAUCAAGGCCAGGCUGGAUGGGCCUUGGGCAGCCUGAUCCAGUGGGAGGUGUCCCUGCCCAUGGCAGCCAGUGCAGUGUAUGGCUGAAGAGAGGCUGGUGGAGCAGGUUUCAGUGGGCUUUUUUAACAAAAAAAUGGUUCCUGGAAAAUUCAAAGGCGCUUUAGCACACAAAUCCCUCUAACAACCAUUUCUGCUGCAUGAGCCUCCAUCAGCAAGCAGCCCCGGAGACGCUGGCAUGCUGGAGCGUCCUCUCACCAGGACAGGAGCUUUUAAAGCCACUUUUGUUGGUAUUUGAUAGCAGGAAAAGCCCCUAAGAUCCUGGUUUGCAGGUCUCAAGGGACAAGGCAUUUCAGUUUCCUGCCUCAGAUUCCUUGGAAGUAAACCUUGAUGCACGGCCUACGGGUUUUCCUAAGUCCAUUUGCAGCUGGUCUGGGUGCAGAGACAAACAUGAAAAUGCAGCUCCACCCCUCUAUCACUUGAAAGCAGAUUUAGUGAUUUGGAGCCCCGGCUCUUGGGUCUUCAGCUCUUGGGGCUGGAUGAGCAGAGGGUGAGGUGGACUGAAAAGUGGUUGAGCCCAGAGCGUGCUGAGCAGUGGCACAAAGUUCUGGCUGAAGUCCAGUGACUGGUUGGGUAGGAACAACCCCAAGCAGUGAUAGAGAAUCCUAGAAUAGUUAGGGUUGGAAGGGACUUUCAAGAUCAUCCAGUUCCAACCCCCCUGCCAUAGGCACAGAC